AUGAGCAACUCCAGCUUUCAAUACCCCCCAAUGUUUGACUUUCCACCAUUUUUCACACGACAGGUUACCGAGUCGACAUGGAAAAGUCAAGUUAUGCAAUGGGAGAACUUGAUAUUAGCAUAUACUCGACAAAAGCACAUAUUUCGAUUGGAUCUCCAUCAAGCUACUACUCCUGGUGGAAACGAAAUAUUCGAGAACAAGAAAAUUAAUAGACGCUUAUCAUUUGAAACUUUGCAAAACAUUAUCGAGGAAAUGGCAAGAAAAGGUACAGCAGAAUGGGAAGGAGGGUCUAAAGGGCCAAAGAGCGAAGCUUUGAUCUACUGGCAUACGCCUGAAGAUUGGGCUAAUCUGAUCUGGAAUUGGAUUAACGAGACGGGCCAAAACAACCAGAUUGUGACAUAUUAUGAAAUUGCACAUGGCGAGUUGGCCGAAGGACAAGAAUUCUUCAAACUGGAUAAAGCAAUUUUGAGCAAGGCACUGAAUAUUUUAGUAAAACGAGGAAACGCCCAAAUAUUUAAGGGAACUGACGAGGAUAGUAUGGGCGUUAAAUUCUUUGGACCACUAUAA